AUGCGAAUACGAAGGCCGUGCCCCAUCUGCCAGACGCCCGCCAUUGAGAACUGGACAUGGGUGGGGGUGCUCGAGGCGAUCGUCUGCUUUCCAUGCGGGUUAUGUUUUGCACGAAAGGUUCUACAUUGUUCUAAAUGUAAUGUUGAUGUAAGUUUCUUUUCGUUUUGUAUUGAAGGGGGUUUGAAAGUGGCUUAUUGGUCUUUUGUCGUUUUUUAAAGGUAAAAUAACUAGUUUACAUUUUUUGUGUUAAACCUACGUUUUUCCGAUUUUUUACAAAUUAGCCCAGGUUUACGACAAGUUCGAAUUUUAGAAUCUUUUAGUUAUUUUCAAUCAUUAGUUAGUAUAAAGAAUCAUUUUUGAACGCAAAUUAAGUAAAUAUACAUGAUAAUUGUUUACGAUUGUUUAUUUUGUUUACGAGUUAUAAGAUAAUACCGUUGAAAACGGUUUUCAUAAUGAAAUUUGGCUUUUGUACCAUGAUUCAGAAGUUUAGUACGGUCAGACAGGAAUAAUUCGAAAUGUUUUGAAUAUGAAUCAGCUCGAAAUUGUUGUCAAUUGUACAAACAAGCCUCUAAUUUACUAUUCGCUUUAUUUUAUGUUAAUUCUGAUGAUAUUGUUUUAAAAAAUGGCUUUUAUAAACUUCUAGGCAGUACCUACAUUAGAAUGAAAUGCAAAACGUCAAAACCUUAAUAAAUUUUAGUUGAUAAUUCUAUAAAAACUGAAAAUGAAUCUAUAAUAUCACACUUUCAGGUGAUAGUAUCAGACGGGACUAUUCCAAUACUGGUCAAGACUUACAAGUACUACAAAGAGUACGAGUCCAAGGAUCAUAUCGUGCCACAAUCACCGUUGGCUUCAGUCUCACCUUCAAAAUCGGCCCAAACCAGAAUGACCUCAGGAUCCGUUAGCUCCAGAGUCUAA